AUGGCCCUUCGCGUUCUCUCCCUCGCUACAAGUGACAGUGCUAUCAACCAUCCGAUUGUGCAAGACACAGUGCGGAGGCAAGUGUCAUCUGUCUGCGAAAGCCCACAAUCUCUGAUUGUCAUGUUGGAUUAUACCUCUUCAAAUGCAUCUUCAAAUGCAGAGGACCCCAGGAUUAAAGGGCCGUUUUUCCGACGUCGCAACGUGUCAAUGUGGACAGAUGGCACCGUGCAGGAUGUGAUCUGUGUUGCAAGGGAAGUGAUAAUCGAAGAUCAUUGGGUGAACUGCAACAAACACCAAGUCAGUGUGCCCGCCGAUCUUUCCUACGCCACGACAUUAGACAUCCAGCUCAUGGUCAAGGUGCUCUCGAUCAUCGUGCUUCUGCUCGAGAUGUCACCCAAUGUCACACUCACCGAAGUCAAGGUGGCACUGCUCAAGUUCAUUCAUAACAUAGCGGCAAAGGAAGUCGAUCAAUAUCCUUCUGGACUCAGGGUGCAGUAUGAGAUGCAGCUGGAGCUCAUGAAGGAUGCCUAUGUGCCGCUGUGGAUCCCAGAUAGUAAGCUAUCUGCAUAUGCUGAUCGGGGUAACGAGGCUGAACCACACAUGUUUAGCUUUUCACAAACUCGCCUUUCACUGUUUCCUGUUGUCAGCCAUCCAAUCUCUUGUGGAACAAUCCACAUUAACUCGGCUGAUCCAAAGAUGAAUCCGACCAUCCGAGUCGAUCCCCGUUACUAUUACGAGCAAGAAGCUGACCUCGAGAUUAUCCUGGAUUCAUUUAAGUACGUUCGAAAGAUUGCACACACAGAACCGUUCAAGGACAUUGUGAUCGCGGAAAUGAUGCAAGAAUCCAACAUUGCACAUGAUGGACAGCUCCGUGAUGGAUCUCACUUGAAGGUCACUGUGCAAGCACUUCUGGACGGCCUGGCAUAUGUCAAUUGCGAAAGCUGCUGUAUGAUUGGGAGCCUGUGUAUGCUACUGAAGGAAAAAGACAGAAUUGUCGACCCAUCAUUGAAAGUAUACGGAAUGAAGUGUCAUCGAUCAGAAUGUGUGUCGUCGAUGUUUCGAUCAGGAGUCCCACUAGAGGUAUCGUCUCAUAUGCAAGAUAGGUUGGUCUUCCGCAUCAAGCCCGACAUCAUCAAGAAAUGA